AUGGCCCAAAGAGAGUCAAGGUCACACAAACUUUACAAGUCAGACCCACCAAAGAGUAGAAGGAAAAAGAAAGCUAGAAAGGGCUUGUCCGUUUGCAACUUUGUUGGCUGUUCUCAGAGUAGUAAUAUAGAUACAGGUACAAGUACAAAUACUACUCCAAUAUCAUCACCUGUGUCUUCUUCAAAGAGUAAUAACCAACAACAAGGCAAUAGUAGUAGUAGUAAAGAUACCAAAUCAUCAUCUUCGAAAAAGAAGUUUCAUCUAUUUCACAUUCAUUCAAAUAGUUCACCAAAUCUAAAGGUAUACUUGAACAAUAGUAAAGAUUCAACGACAAGUACUGGAUCUUCACCAUCAAAUAGUGCUACUGGAUCACCACGUGUAGCUGCUGUAUCGAGUAAUAGUGCAGACGCUGGUACGACGACGACGCCAUCGUCAUCAUUGUCAAUGUCAGGACAAUCCCAAGUACUUACAUCGUCAUCGUCAUCGGUUGACAACAAUAGUGGGGCAUCGUCGUUGAGUAUGAGUAGUGGGUCGCUGCCCGCCACAUCCUCGACAACGACACCCCCUUCGUCUCCCCGUGGCGAUUUCGAUGCUGCCGCAGCCGCUGCAUCUGGUUUGUCACCUGGAUCACCACAACCAAAGCAAAAGAAAAAGUUGUUGGCAGGUCUGAGAAGAAACAAGGGUGGCAGUAAUACCAACAGCAAACUUCGAAAGGAGAUUGCUGACCUUUCACUCAAAAGUGGAUUACAACAACAAUACUCUAAUCUUCCAUUCAAUUCAACUGAAGCCGAUAAUAAUAAUAAUCCACUUUCAAAUUCUCAAUCAUCUCCAACUCUUGGAGGAUCAUCUUCAUCUGUUACAACAACACCAUCAUCAUCAUCAAAGAGUAAAAAGAAAUCAAAGGAAAGAGUAAAUAAUAAUCAUUCAAAUAGUAAUGGAAGAAAUUCACAAAGAAAAUCAAGAUUUAUUGAACCAAUUAAUAAUUCAACUGAAGAUUAUACAGAUAUUCCAAGGACAAUUAAAUUGUCAGUUGAAUUUCUAUUUGAAAAGGCAACCAGAGUACCUGGACUAUUUAGAGAAUCUGCCAAUGCAUUGGAAUUGCAAAGAUUAAAAGCAGAGAUGGAGAGCGAUAAAGAUAUCAACCUUUCGGAUUACACUGAAGCCCACAACGUUGGUGGACUAUUAAAACUAUACCUAAGAGAACGUCCGCAACCACUUUUCCCAUACGAAUUACAUAAAAAGAUUAUUGAUCUUUAUGAAUCAAAUGAAACUAAAAUUAUAAAUGAAGAAUUUUGUAUUAGUGUUAGGGAAUUGAUGAUGAGAGAAUUAUCAAAAGGACAAUUCCUGAUACUUAGAUAUUUAUUUGAAUUAUUACAUGCCGUUCAUUUGAAUGCCGAACAUAAUAAUAUGCAUUCUUACAAUUUGGCAGUUUGUAUUGCACCUUCUCUUAUUCACUCGUUUGAUUGCUCAUGCAUAGAUGUGGUCAAUCGAUUGGUUGAAGAUUACGAGUUUGUAUUUGGUAUUGAAGUCCCUGUCUUUGCACCUGCGUCACCCAGAACACCAUCUCCAUCCACCUCUCCAUCACUUCGUAGAAAGAGUAGAGUGUUGAGUAGUUCACCAAACGGAUCACCAAAAUUACCAAGUAGAAGAGGUAGUACUUAUUCAAAUGGUAGUAGAAAAUCUUUGCAUGAAGAGAAUGAUGGAGAUAUCAAUCAAGGAGGAGGAGAAGUAUCAUCACCAACAUCACCACAUUUGGAAUCGAUUGUUGUUCCAAUGGAUGAUGAACCAAUUCAUCUAUCCUUACCCAAAUCCUCACCCAAACAACCUCGAACAUCAUCACAACAAUCGCCUAUUCAACCAAGAGCUGUCAAACAACUGAUAGCAGACGAUGAAGACAAUAGUGGAUUCAGCGCAAAUUCAGAGGAAGAAGAGGAACUAUUAAUCUCUACAACAAAGAGAAGCAGUAUGGCAUUGAAACGAUUAUCAAUAAUGAGUAGAGAUAUUCAAUAUAGUGAUGACAGUUCAACAAAUACAAAUGAAGAAGUUGAUGAAUUUGAAGAUGACAAUGAAAUUAAUAGUAGUAGCAGUAAUAAUAACAGUAAUGGUAAUGGUACGAAUAAUCUAACUAGUAGUAAUAGUAGUAUAGAAAGUUAUAAUAGUAAAAACAAGGUAGAAGAGGAAAAAAGAAAGUUUAAUGUUAAAGAUAUGGUUAGUAAUAUCAAUGUUACACAUCCAAAUUCAGCAUCUAUAUUACCAACAUACAAACAACCAAUCGUACGAAAUAAUUCAAAAUUGGGAACUUCUCAUUCUUUCUCCUCUUCCAGUUCAACCAAACAAAACUUUUCUGUACCAUAUAAUAAUAUCAACUAUAACAGCUACAACAACUCUUCGACCGUGUCAAACACUGGAAAUAAUAGUGGCUAUCGUAAAAAGGUAUCUCCAAUUAUCCAAAGAAGACCAGUUCUUAGUGCUUCAUCGAGAUCGGUUACCUCACCAUCACUUCAUUUCAACAAAGCUCCAUCAAUGACAUCUUUUUCUAAAUAUUCAUCACCAAAACCAAGUGGUGGUCACGGAACAACAACAUCUUCAUCGUCAUCAACAACAAGUCAUGGUCAUGUAGUAUCAUCUAAUCAUGAUUCUGUAGCUAACCUAAAAUCAAUUUGGGAAGGAAAAGAUAAAGAAAAAGAAAAAUCAAAGAAAUGA